AUGUUGAGUAAAGAUCUGCCAGAUAUUGAGAGCAUCCUGGCUCUAAAUCCCCGGGUGAAGACUCAUGCUCAGAUCAUGUCCACAGCGAACAAGAAGAAAGAAAAGAAACACUGGAAGAGAAACCCAGAUAGGAGCUGUGAUUCCUGUGUGAAGUUAGAGAACAACUUUGACGAUAUCAAACACACAACGCUGAGUGAGCGUGGAGCUCUACGAGAAGCACUGAGGUGUCUAAAAUGUGCUGAUGCUCCCUGUCAGAAGAGCUGCCCCACUAACCUGGACAUCAAAUCUUUUAUUACCAGUAUCUCCAACAAGAACUACUACGGUGCAGCACGGGCCAUUCUAUCAGACAACCCACUGGGUCUGACCUGUGGGAUGGUGUGUCCCACCUCAGAGCUGUGUGUAGGAGGGUGUAACCUGUACGCCUCCGAGGAGGGUCCCAUCAACAUCGGAGGGUUGCAGCAGUUUGCUACUGAGGUGUUCAGUAAGAUGGGAAUCCCUCAGAUAAGGAAUCCUGAGCUCCCACCAGCUGAUGAGAUGCCAGAGUCUUACCAUGCUCCUAUUGCUCUGAUUGGCUGUGGCCCUGCGUCAGUCAGCUGCGCUUCCUUCUUGGCUCGUCUUGGAUAUGAUGAUAUAACCAUAUUUGAGAAAAAGAAGUACACUGGAGGGCUGAGUACAUCAGAAAUCCCCCAGUUCCGGCUGCCCUAUGAAGUUGUCCAGUUUGAAAUAGGGCUGAUGAAGGACCUGGGAGUCAAGGUGGUGUGUGAGAAGGGACUCGGUGUAAAUGGAAUGAGUCUGACUUCCCUGAAAAAUGAAGGAUUCAAGGCAGUUUUCAUUGGCAUUGGUCUCCCUCAGGCCAACAGAGCUAAAAUCUUCCAGGGUUUAACCAUGGACCAGGGCUUCUUCACUUCUAAAGACUUUCUUCCAAUGGUGGCCACAGCCAGCAAAAAGGGAAUGUGCCAGUGUCGUGCCUCCCUGCCCGAGUUAAGAGGAGUAGUGAUAGUUUUGGGCGCCGGUGACACUGCAUUUGACUGUGCCACCUCCGCUCUGCGAUGUGGAGCCAAGAGAGUCUACGUCUGCUUCAGGAAGGGAUUCACCAACAUCAGAGCUGUUCCUGAGGAGAUGGAGCUGGCUAAAGAAGAAAAGUGCGAGUUCCUUCCCUUCUUGUCUCCUCGUGAAGUCAUCAUGAAGAACGGACGUGUGGCAGGGUUACAGUUCUGUCGCACAGAACAGACUGAGGAUGGUGAUUGGCUGGAGGAUGAAGAGCAAAUUGUCAGGCUGAAGGCUGAUUAUAUCAUCAGUGCCUUUGGAUCCAUGCUCAAUGAACCACAAGUGACGGCGGCCAUGUCUCCUGUGAAGCUGAACCGCUGGGGUACUCCGGAGGUAAACACAGACACCAUGCAGACCAGUGAACCCUGGGUGUUUGCAGGAGGUGACAUUGCUGGUUUGGCAAACACCACAGUGGAGUCAGUGAACGACGGCAAACAGGCCUCGUGGAACAUUCACAGAUACAUACAGUCUUUAUAUGGACACACAGUGGACUCAGUUCCAAAGCUCCCGUUAUUCUACAGCGCCAUCGAUCAGGUGGACAUUAGUGUUGAAGUUUGUGGAAUCAAGUUCCCAAACCCCUUCGGUCUGGCCUCUGCUCCCCCUACAACCAGCACAGCUAUGAUCAGAAGAGCUUUUGAACAAGGAUGGGGCUUCGCACUGACCAAGACCUUUGGACUGGACAAGGACCUGGUGACCAACGUGUCCCCUCGUAUUGUGCGUGGAACCACUUCAGGUCAUAUCUACGGUCCAGGUCAGGGCUCGUUUCUCAACAUUGAACUCAUCAGUGAGAAGACGGCAGCGUACUGGUGUCAGUCUGUAGCUGAGCUGAAGAAGGACUUCCCCAACAAUGUGGUAAUCUCCAGCAUAAUGUGCAGUUACAACAAAGAGGACUGGACAGAGCUAGCAAAAAUGGCCGAGGAAUCAGGAGCAGAUGCUUUGGAGCUGAACCUGUCUUGUCCUCAUGGGAUGGGAGAGAGAGGCAUGGGACUGGCCUGUGGACAGGACCCGGUUUUGGUGCGUAAUAUCUGUCGCUGGGUACGAGCAGCAACCACCAUUCCAUUCUUUGCUAAACUGACACCAAACGUCACUAACAUUGUCGACAUAGCCAAGGCUGCCCAUGAAGGUGGGGCAGAUGGAGUAACAGCCACUAACACCGUCUCAGGGAUGAUGGGACUGAAGGCUGAUGGAUCCCCCUGGCCCAGUGUUGGAAUGGGCAAACGUACCACAUAUGGAGGCGUGUCUGGUAACGCCAUCAGACCCAUCGCUCUUAGAGCCGUCUCUGCCAUUGGCAGAGCUCUUCCUGGGUUCCCCAUCCUGGCCACCGGAGGCAUUGACUCUGCAGAGACUGGACUGCAGUUCCUUCAUGCUGGAGCCUCAGUUUUACAGGUAUGCAGCGCAGUUCAGAACCAGGACUUCACAGUGAUAGAAGAUUACUGUGUUGGUCUGAAGACGUUGUUGUACCUGAAGAGUCUGGACCUGGAGAACUGGGACGGUCAGUCUCCUCCAACAUUGAAACACCAGAAAGGAAAACCAGUUCCCAGACUGAACGAAUUAGUGGGAAAGAGCCUCCCCAGCUUUGGGCCUUACCUCCAGCAGAGGACAGAAGUCAUUGCAGAGUACAAGAAAAAGCUGAAGGGGGUUGAUACAAGCGAUGAGUCCAAUGUCACCACCAGAACUAGCACACCUAAGAAACCAGUUCCAGCAGUUAAGGAUGUGAUAGCCAGAGCAUUACGUCACAUCGGAGCAUACCAGGAGCUUAACAAUAUGGAGCAGGUCCAGGCCCUCAUAGAUGAAGAGAUGUGUAUCAACUGUGGUAAAUGUUACAUGACCUGCAAUGAUUCUGGAUAUCAGGCCAUAACAUUUGACCCAGAGACCCACCUCCCAUUUGUGACAGAUAGCUGCACCGGCUGCACUCUGUGCUUCAGCGUCUGUCCAAUCAUAGACUGCAUCAAGAUGGUUAACAGGACCACGCCCUAUGCACCCAAGAGGGGAGUACCCAUCAGUCCUGUCUGCUAAAAGAGAAAGGCAGAGCAAAACAGAACUGAAUGGGAAUUGAUAGGAUGUCAUUCAUGCCAGUGUAAUUAUCAAUUCUGCUCAUCGGUUUGUUCAUUAUUAAUUCCUGAUCCAUUUUCUAUGUGAGAAAAAGGUAUCUCAGAAGUUUUAGUGCCAUUGUUUUAUCAUUUCUCCAUCUUUAAACUAAAUUAUCUUUAAUUUCUUACCACUGAUAACACUGGAGGAAACAUUUGUGUAACUAUUGUAAACACUGACUUCCUUAAACACAAUUUAAAUGUUAUUAAAAGUUCUUAAAAAAUAUUGAUUCAAUGUAUUUAUCUAUUUGAAAAAGAUGCAGUGAUUUUAAGUGAAUAAUAAAAAUGUGAUCUUGAUUUGUAGAAAUAACUAUUAAUAGAAAGCUGAUUGACACAUGGCAGCCAAUUAUCAUCUAGUCUGACAAACAAAAACAAUGCAGUAAUACAUUUAUUAAUGAUUUAGACUUUGCUAACUGUGUUUUAAUUGUAUUUUCUGCAUUAUGGACAUGCAUUUACUAACAUUUUACAUCUAAUCAGAUGCUAACCUUUUACAGUACAUCUAAUGUAUAUUAAAUGUAUUAAUGUAUGAAGAGGUACAUCUUCAAUAUGGACUAUGAGUUAAAUAAAGGUUUUCUUCUGCAGCAAAAUGAAGUGUAUUAUGGUGAGUGCAAUAAAGAGGCAUGUCUUUGUCUCUAACAUCAA